GUGAGAGUGUGCGCGCAAACAGCGGAGCCUGUCGAUAGUCAUUUCGUGUAUUGCAGCGAUCGCAGCUGCAUCUAGGAUUGGGUGCCAUGCCGUUGUUCAAGGAUGAUCAGAUUCUGAUCUUUGCGCCAGGAUCGCAGACGACCCUCGCACAGCUUGGUAUCCCAGAAUCGCUCACGCCGGCCCAAUUGCGCAUCCGGUCCCGCAUGUUUAGAGGUGAACAGCCAGACAAGUGGGAGCCAUUUAAAGUCCGUGAAAGAGAGCCAAGUGCAGCAAAUGGUGCCAAACAAGAAGACGCAGAUGCAAAUGGCGCACAGAGCAACGAGACUGAGUACUACGAGGACCAGGAGACCGAGGAGGGUGCAGUGUGGCCUAUAAAGCAGGGCAGGAUAGUGGACUGGGGCUGUUUCUUCGCCCUGUUCGAGUAUGUGUACAGUCGUCUGAGCCCAGGACUACACACGCCAAUAUGUAUGGUGGGGCAAGCUUGUUGGACGGUCAAGGAUCAACAAAAGAUCACGCAAUAUAUCUUUGAAAAAUUCAGACCACCAGCAUUCAACAUCGUCGACGCCGCGUUGUGCUCCUUAUACGCGCAUAGCAACACCCCAAACGCAUGUGUGGUGGAUAUUGGCUACGAGAAGGCGGACGUGACUGCCAUAGUUGACUACAACAUACAUGUUGCUGGACGGCAAAUAGCAGUGCCGGAUUGCGGUGGAGAUGCUUUUACUGAGCGGCUGUUCGAGCUGCUGAAGAACAAGAAAUGGACUAGAGAGAUGUGUGAGCAGCUGAAGAAGAGUCCUAUUUGCGAGAUUCUACCACCCGGCGUGCCGCUGCCUGGAACAGCGGAGGCGGCGCAACAAGAAACUGCUAGCGCAAAUCCAGCGGCUGCUGCCUCAACUGGCGCAAUAGGAUUAGGACCUGGGAACAGGGACGGUGUUGGUGUACUGGGUGAGCCAGCGCUUGGGUCGGGAGCUGGAACACAAGUUGGCGAUGAGCAAAAAGAGAAUGGUGAGGAUGAGGGCGUUUUGGACAUUGCGAAGAUCGUUGGCACGGGCAACACUAAAGACUUUAUCGCACAAAAGGAGAAGGAAAAGUCAGAGAAACAAGCAAUAAAGAAGGGUCAGAAGCAGGACGCAGCAGCGCAGGCACAACAAGCAAAAACAGCCAAAAUGCUUAAUCGUGAUCGCGUAACCGCUUCAUUCAUCUACUCGGACUAUGCGUUCCUCGACGCGAUAAAAAACAAGAACAUGAGCGCCGACGAGAUGGCGCGUGCUCAUGCCGCUGUCGACGAGGGAGCCAAGCAGACACAGGCCGAGAAACAAGCUGCUGCAGAACAAGCCGGCGAUGCAAUGGACACUGAUGCUCCUAAAGCGGGCAUAUCGUCACUUAUCCACACCAAGGCACCUCGGCGAGAGAUCGAAGUUGGCGUGGAACGUUUCCAAGCUGCCAGUGGUGGUGUCGUGGACAGAAUAGCGGAUACCAUCCACAGGACCAUAAGUUCUGUUAACGAAGUGGCCAAACGAAGCGAGCUCUGGGACAAUCUUAUCGUAGUUGGCAAUGGCGCUAAGAUACGCGGUUUCCGGGAAGCACUUUUGAGCACAAUUCAAUCCCGGUAUAUCAUAUCUCCCUCUUCCGCUACUAUAUUUACGUCCGAGCUUCCCUCAAACCUGACAACUCCGAUGGGGACUGGUGCUCAAACCCCACAGCCAGGACAAGGACCGUCACAUCCUCCACUAGGCCCAUCGGGUGGAGGAAAUCCCCUUCUUCUUGCUGCCACGACACAACAUCUUAAUCCGCACGCCAUAGCACAACAACAGCACCUAGGUACAUCAACUCCAGGUGGCCCAGGUUCUUCCACAGGUGGAGCAGGCAAUGUGCACAGCAGCCACGGGCAAACUCCCACCAGCGUUAAGUACGCUCGCGUAGGCGAUUAUUUUCCAGAGUGGAAGGAAGUAGGCUACAAUGAGGCCUACUUCCUAGGCGCCCAGGUCUUAUGCCGUGUCAUCUUUGUGACCGACGCAGCGCAGACGAAGUGCUUUAUGACGAGGACGGACUACAACGAAUUGGGUCCGAACGGAAUUGGGGAGUUUGCGUUGUAGGAUCUUUCCAAUUGAGAAUCGAUCAAAAUGGCUGCGCGCAUAUGGAAACGUGUUUGACUAAUCCAUGAUUCAAGGUGUGGCUGGAAUGAAAUUGCUCGCUCGCAUUCGCUUGAGCUGGGAAUGAGUAGGGAACUGGCGUUGAGAAACAGGCUGUGGAAUGUAUAACACACUCAAAGAUCAUGGAUACUGUAAGUAAGCAGCGCUUUCUAAAGAACAGAGACUGGGAAAAGUAAAUCGAAUGAAAUAUCCUUCUCAGCGGCUACCUAUGAGUUAUAUAACCUUGUAGCAUUAAUCUAGAUGCUUGCUCUUCUUGCU